AUGAGAUCGAACGAAAUCGUAAGGGUCGCCUUCGAACUGGCCAAGUCUCGCAGCGGGCGCCUUACCAGUGUGGACAAGGCCAACGUACUUGAGACUUCCAGGUUGUGGCGUCAGGUCGUGGACGAGGUCCACGAGGAUUACCCCGACAUUGAACUGGAGCACAUCCUGGUUGAUGCCGCUGCCAUGGCGCUUAUUCGUAACCCAGCCCACUACGACGUGAUCGUUGCCGAGAACAUGUUUGGCGACAUACUCACGGAUGAGGCGGCGGUGCUUACGGGUUCGAUGGGGAUGCAACCGUCGGCCUCGCUUGCCGGAAUGCCCGGAUCUUCGACCGACACCGUCAGUCUCUACGAACCAAUCCACGGCUCGGCUCCGGACAUAGCGGGUCAGGGUAUAGCCAACCCUAUCGGCAUGGUGCUCAGCAUGGCAAUGAUGCUCGGGCUCUCAUUCGGACUCGACGAGGAGGCGAGUGCGGUCGAGGCGGCGGUCGAAGGAGUCCUUGCGGAGGGCUAUCGCACGGCUGACAUAGCCUCUGAUGGAGGCGACAUGGUCAGCACGGAGCACAUGGGUACGGUUCUCGCGGGAAGGGUAUGA